CGGUACGCGCCCCUCCUCUCGAUCCACCCCCUCUCGCUGCGUUUUCUCUUUCCCUCGUCUCCCACUCCGCCGCCGCCGCCGCCGCCGCCGCCCCAUCUGCCGCUCCGCCACUGCCCCUACUGCUCCACCGGACCGGCCUCUUCUUCGAGCGCGGCGGCAGGAGCAGCUCCACCUCUCCACUCCCCCACGCGAGAACGCUCCUAACCCCACCCCCAUGCCCCGCGCCCCCGCCAGGAAAGCAGUCGCCCGUGCCCCCACCUCCAUCUUCUCUCAUCUUUCCCUUUCCCUCCAUAAAUCCCGACUACUCCUCUAAUGGAGGCGCUCGCUACCGCACCCGCGCCGUCACGUCCAGGCCUCCCACCCCCGACCCGCUGCUCCCAUCUCCUCCGCCCCAAAGCCCUAACCACCUCCAAGCUCCCUCGCCGCGUCAUCGCCGCCCUUCACAUGGACGGCGCCUGCGCCGCACCUCUUUGCUGCACUCCCGCUGAGACGGAUGCGGCGGCGACGACCUCGGACCAGACUGAGACGGUGGUCGAAGCCACCGAGCAGGGCAACAACGGGGCCCCGGCGGCGGACGCCCCCGCCGCCAGCAUCGAGGGGCUCGACGGGAUAAAGAUCCGGAGGCGCCCGGUCACAGGCCCGUCCGGGCACCACGUGGGCCCCUUCCAGUUCCGCCUCGAGAACGUGGGGAAUACGCCGCGCAACAUCCUCGAGAAAAUUGUCUGGAACAAGGACGUUGAGAUUUGGCAGAUGAAGGAGAAAAUGCCCUUGUACAGGCUGAAAGGUCUGCUGGACAAUGCGCCUCCGGCCAGGGACUUUGUUGCUGCGCUGAAAGCGUCGUAUGAUCGGACUGCUGUGCCUGCUCUGAUUGCGGAGGUUAAGAAGGCUUCGCCAAGCCAGGGGGUUCUCAGGAAGAAUUUCGACCCGGUCGAGAUCGCUCAAGCAUACGAGAAAAAUGGAGCAGCAUGCUUAAAAUUCUUUCAGGUUAAUAGUUUCUUCUCUAGGAGAUUUGGAUCCUUAUUUUCAUAUGCUGUGGAGUUAUCUGUACCGAAGAUACUUGGCUUCCUUUGAUAUGCAACCAGGGAAGUUUCGACUACUUGGAGGCUAUACGCAAUGCUGGAGUAAAGAAUUAAUAUGUUGAUGGAAGGGGAAGGCAUAAAUUUUGGGGACAAUGCUCGGACAACACUGUCAUGGUCCCAUAUGUUCUUCAGUGUUGUUACAUAUCCGAAAAUUGUUUUGGCACCAUUGCUGGAAGUUUAGCUAUCAUGGAUCCCAGCUAUCAUGGAUUUUAUUGGAGCCCCGCUAUAAUGGAUUUUCCUAAAUUUUGGCGCACCAUGUCUGGAAGUUUAGCUACAAGGGGGAAAUUUUUUGAGUGAUGAUAGGACGCAUUCUCUCUACCAUGUGGAGAUAAGGAAAGCGUAGGAGGAAAGGAAAAUAUCAAUUUCCCAUCAAGCUUCCCUUAUAUUUCACUUCAAUGGUGGCAGAUCCAUUGUUGAUUUCUAUCUAAGUUCAAUGAGGCAUUUAUUCUUCAGGAUCAUUACUACUUGGAGAUGUAAUUAUUGUUGAGAGUUUAGUAAAUAUUGGAGGAGUGAUUAAGAAGCUACAUGGUAUACUGAGGUUUUGCUUUUCGAACACACUGUUGCACAAUUUAGAUUUUAUUGCUUGUUGUAUAUUAAAAUAGUGCAGCCCAGUGGGAUUUAUAUGUCUCUUGUACAGAUGAAUUGUUUGUUAAAAUACAUGCACAGAGGUGGAGCUCCUUCAAAUGUAAGUACUUGAUAGUGUUCCCAAGUUAUGUUCGUGUAAGGGCGGAUGAAGAGAUAUGUCAAUUUGUUUUCUUGCAAUGUA